AUGUCAUCAUCAUUAACUUAUUUUAAUAAAGAUACAUUUCUUGAUGGUACAGGUCGAGGUAAAUUAUCUCGACAAGUUAAAUUUACAUUAGAAUCAAAUAUAGAAACACCAUGUCCACCAUCAUUAUCGAUAAGUAAAGAUAAAACUAGUAGAAAAAAACAUCAUCAUAUUCCUGAAAUAGUUGCUAUUGAUGUAAAACUUCCGUUACCACCUAAUAUGGAACAUACUAAACCUAUAUUUAUACCAUGUGAUCAAUUUCCAUCUAAUUAUAUAUCUCCAACAAGUUUAUCUAUAUUACAUUGGUCAAAAUAUCACGGUCGAAAUGUUUCAUUUUAUUUAAAAGAACUUGGUUAUUUUUCAACAGCUGAUCGUUCAGAUGCAAAUCGUUGUCGAGAAGAUUUUCGUUAUUUAAAACAACUUAUUUAUGAUAUUAAUGAUAUAAGACAAUUAAAACAAAUGAAAAUUGAAUUUGAUCUUAAUAUUGGUUCAGCUUAUUUAAAUCCAACUGAACCAUCAACAUCACUUGAUGCUUUACUUUGGUGGAUUAGUAAACAUAAAAAAAGUUUAUUAGAUAAUAAAGGACGAUUUACAUUUGAUUUUGUUGCUUGGCGUGGAACAAUAAGAAAAAUUAUGUCAUCAUUAUUUAAUAAUGAUACUGAUUGGCGUAUUGGUGUUAUUCGUUAUCGUGGUGCUUACUUUCUAUAUGUAUUUCAUACAGAAACAGAAUUAAAUAUUGAAUUUGGUCAAACACCUAUGGAAAGACGAAUGUGUUAUUGGGGACAUAAAUUUGAAGAUUAUCUUUGUUCAGAAACACCUCCAUUAUUUCCAUCUCCGAAGAAACUUUUUUCACUCGUAAAUUCAGCUACAUUAGGUGUACAUACAAUUCUAUAUGGUAGUGAAAUUGAUGCAUGUACACGAGACUCAAUUCUUACUGAUGAUAAUAAUACAAAAACAACAAGUAAUCUUAAUAAUGAUAUUGAUUCAAGUAAAAUACAUAAGAAAAAACGAACAUAUGUUGAAAUAAAAGUUGUUUAUGCACAAAAUAUGCUUGAAUUACAUACAACAACUGCUCGAAAAUAUGGAAAAUGGUGGUCACAAUGUUUUCUAACUGGCAUUGAACAAAUUCUAUUAGGUUUUCGUGAUGAUUAUGGAAUUGUUCGUCAAAUUCAACCAUUACUUAUUAAAGAUAUUGAAACUCGGGCUCGUACAUGGAGUUCAAGUUCGUUUUUAGCAUUUCUCAAUGAAUUUUGUGCAUUUGUUCGCAAGACGAUAACAAAAGAUUAUUUCGAAGAUGGAAAAAUGGUCUAUCUUUUCUAUUUUUCUCCACAAGAGAAAAAAAUUAAAUGGCGUACUACAACUGAAUCUACAUAUCAGUUUUUACCCGAUUGGUUUACUUCACAAGAUUUUUCAUCAUCAGAAGUAAUAUCACCAUUGGCACAUUAA